AUGGGUUUAAGUGUUGUCUCGGUGGAUCAGUUUGUAAACUUUGCUUUGUCAAUAGUAUCGAUGAAGGUUUCAGGGAAACCGAUGUUCCAAACACCGAAAGCGAUAUGGAUACUGAGAGGGGCGUAUCUGUGCUCCAAUCUUAUUCAACUCGUAUUUUCACUCUACAUAAUGCAGAAGAUCAAAAGUACAAAUGACAGCCGUAAAGUUAAGAUAAAGAGGGAGGCAACCCUCUUCAAGGAUAACAACGAAGAGGAAGAGGAGGAAAUGACCUAUGCCAGCUAUGACGAAUCCGAACUCACCAAGGUCAGCAGAACAGCCGUGAUACAGUUUUUGAUCAUCACUGUGCUUCAUUUGAAGUGGAAAGUCAUUCAGCCAUUGUUUGUUCAAUCAUUUGUUCCAAUAAGAAACCUUCUUCUUAAUCCUCUAUAUACUGCAUAUGUCUGGAACAAGCCUGUUCUAAGGCCGUUUGAAGCAAAUAUGCUAUUCCAGAAGGCACCUGCGGUAUCUGAGAAGAAAAGAGUCAAGGAAGACUGA